ACCGACGAGAACCGCGCGAUCCACCGAUCUGGGUUGCUCCAUGACAUCUCUCAGUAUGUGGCAUAAGUAAUGGCCAAAACAUCCAGAUAGCCAGUGGCUGCAAAUAUUCGAUGCGUGGCCUUACCUCCGUACGAUUCAGGCCACAGCUGUUCGGGGGUAUAUAGUCGGCGGUCUGCCAGAGACCGUUUCUCUCGCUCCUGCGCUGGACCGCAACACAGUCUUUCCUCUUCAAAUCCCAUCGGUGCUACCAAUCAUGGCCAGUGGUUGUUGGAGAUGGACAUUCAGACUAUACCUUUUAGCGGUGUGGGUCUCUGCGGUCGGCAUGUUCGGUGUGCAAGCAUGGUGGCUGGUCAGAUUGGUUUUAGAUGCUGAUGAAAGCCCUAUGGGGCAGUACCCUUUCGAAUGUUUGGCUCUGAUUGUGAUAUGCAUCCCUCUUCUCCCCAUGGGUUUCGCUAUAAUUAUGUUCUACGUGGUGCUCCGUGAGGGCGCCAUAACUGGCGAGGUAAUAUCAGACUCCGAGCUUUGUGCCGAAAUGGGAUAUCUUUUCUACGGCUGGUAUUUCGGAUUUGAUGCGAUCUGCAACUUCGUGGCUUUCAUCGUCCUGGGGAUACGCUUACACUUCAAGUUACGCAGCGCCGAUAUCGACAGCCCGCUUUGUCAAGAUUACAUCGAUAUCGAUCCAACAUGCGCUACUACGCGCAGAGUCGUGCAAUCGACCAUGGGCGUAUUUGUUGUCGUCGGUGUCGCAUUCCUCGCCUACUACAUACGGAAUCAAGUGCGCGACGAGCGCGAAUACCGCAGAAAGGAGGCGGCGAAACGCGAUGCAGAGCACGGUCUGUUGCCUGAGAUCGAGGAUGGGACGCGCCCUCGUCGACAAGCUCAGGAGACCGGGCAGCUCGAUGCCUGGGUGGAGGACGACUUACCGACGUACACACAGGCGCGGACCACUCAUCAGCCUAAGCCGGAGGCUAUCCAAAGUAUGGGGAUCUCGCUCGCGCAUAACUCGGAGGUGUCGCAUGGAUCUGCCUCGCGCCAUGUCGGCAACAAUACGAAGAGCCCGAAGGCUUCGAUGAAGGGAGCCAUCGCACAAGGCAGUGCAGGAAGACCGACUGGGGCCGUUGUGCAUCGUGGUUCCGAGGACAGUGAUAGGCGCAACGCCAAGCGUCAAGGAGCGACUAUGGCAAUCCGACCUUCCGCUUAUAGACAGGACACCGCGUCUGCGGAAUCUGCACUGAUUGAUGCACCAUCUCGCUUGGCCCGGGACACAGCAGCGAGGACCGCGUAUCGAGAGCAGGGUAGCCAGUUACGGUAUCCGCCCAGCGCGCAUGCCACAUCGAGGAAACAUGAUGCGUUUCGCACUAAUCAAAGGUUUUGA